AUGGCUAGCUCAAGCAGGCCAAAGAGGCAGCGUAUCAAUGAUUGCAUUAAUGAUGAUGAAAUAGUUAACGAACUUUUUUGUGAUGAAUUGAGUGAUUUUAGUGAUUUUAGUGAAAUUGACGAUUCAGAUGCUGAUCGUGAUUAUUUUCCUUCUGAAUCAGAGAAUUCAGUAGUAGAUUCGACUAAUAUAGGGAAUAAUCAGGAUUUCAAUAUUGAAAAUAAUCAUAAUACAUCUUCUACCGUUUGGUUCGAUGUAUCAGGAACAUACCAAAAACCACUUAUCUUCAAUAAGACUCCGGGUUUCAAAAUUGAUAUUCCUGAUAAUGCCUCAGCUUUAAAUUAUUUUAAGUUAUUCUGUAGUACAGAUAUUUUUGAGCUUAUGGUAGUAGAAACUAAUCGUAACGCUGAACAGUUUCUUUCAAAGAGCAGGCUAACUAAGUCCAGUAGAUUCUCUAAAUGGUCACCAACAAACGUCGAUGAAAUUGAAAAGUUUAUGGGCUUACUCUUGUGGUUUGGUUUAGUUCAAAUGCCGAGUUUAGAAAGCUAUUGGAGUACCAAAAUUAGAUACAAAAAUAAUGUUGCUCCUAAAAUAAUGUCUCGAAAUCGAUUUGAAUUACUCUUAAGAUUUUGGCAUUUUGCGGAUAACGAGGAAACCCCUGACAAUGAUCGUAUCUAUAAAGUUCGUGAUUUGCUCGAACGUGUUGUAAAAAAUUAUCAAAAUGUCAUGGAACCAGAUGAGUACUUAGCAAUAGAUGAGUCAAUGGUUCCAUUCCGUGGUCGAUUGAAAUUCAAGCAAUACAUACCCGGGAAGGCGCAUAAAUAUGGAGUAAAGCUAUUUAAAAUAUGUGAAAAAAAUGGAUAUACACAUGAUUUACAAGUAUAUGCUGGUAAAAAUCAGGUAGAUGGUAAAGGUCUAGCACUUAGAGUUGUAAUGGAGUUAAUUAGACCUUAUUUAAAUGUAGGACGUACUGUAGUUACAGAUAACUUUUAUACAUCCAUGCCAUUGGCUCGUGAAUUAUUGAAGAACAACACACAUCUGGUAGGAACAUUGAGAACAAAUCGUGUUAAGUUACCUGAAGUGUUAAAAACAAAAUUGAAAAAAGGACAAAUAAUUGGAAAAGAAAGUACAGAUGGGGUAGUAGUCGCGAAAUGGCACGACAAACGAGAUGUUGCAAUGUUGUCUACCAAACAUGGUAUUAAAAUGAUCGAUACAGGCAAAAAGAAUCGAAAUGAUGAACCGAUUUUAAAACCACAAAAGCAAAAAAGAUGCUUACACUGUUACUCACAUAAAACCACAGUUUUAGGUUCAAAGUCAGCUGCACUUGCAACCAAAAAGCUUCAUACGAAUUUCGGUGAGUCACAAAUUAAGCAGAAAUAUUUUCCUGUGCCUUCUGAUGCAUCAAGAAUAUCAAGUCCACCAUUCCCGUCUCGUACAUACUCCAUAACACGAGUCGUUGAUCCUAGUCUUAGUUAA